AUGGAAGGUGUAUUUUUUAACGUGGAUAACGGUUUUAUCGAAGGUAUUGUGCGAGGUUACAGGAACGGGCUUCUGACCAGUAAUCAGUACAUCAAUUUGACCCAAUGUGAUACUUUGGAGGACCUCAAGCUACAGCUCUCCUCAAGUGACUACGGAAACUUUCUUUCCUCGGUUGCCUCAGAUGCUCUUACGACAUCCAUAGUACAGGAAAAGGCUUCCGAAAAACUAUACCAAGAGUUUCAGUACAUCCGCGAUCAGUCCAGCGCUGUGGCGAGAAAAUUUCUCGACUACAUCACCUACGGUUACAUGAUCGACAAUGUCGCUCUGAUGAUUACCGGUACCAUCCAUGACCGUGACAAGGCAGAGAUUUUGCCUCGUUGCCACCCCCUGGGUUGGUUCGACACGUUGCCUACACUCACUGUUGCAACAGACUUGGAAUCGUUGUACGAAACGGUUUUGAUCGACACCCCGUUGGCUCCUUAUUUCAGAGAUUGUUUUGAUGCCGCUGACGAGUUAGAUGACCUAAAUAUCGAGAUCAUCAGAAACAAGCUGUACAAAGCCUAUUUGUCGGAUUUCCAUGAUUUUGUGUCUACUCAAAUUGACGAACCCGCAAGGGAAGUCAUGCAAGAAUUAUUGAGCUUCGAAGCCGACAGAAGAGCUAUCAAUAUCUCGUUGAACUCCUUGCAGAGCGGAGACGUCAUUACACCUGAAAUGAAACGUGACCUUCUUCCCGAUUUUGGAAAGUUGUACCCGGUAGGGUCUCAACAAUUAGCUACGAGUGGCGCUGAUUUUGAGUCAGUGAGGUCGAUUGUUGACAACGUGUACGAGUACCGUGGAAUUUUCGAGACAGGUAAUUUGGAAGAUCAUUUUUACAGAAUGGAAAUGGAGUUGUGUAGAGACGCUUUCACGCAGCAGUUUACUGUCAGCACCAUCUGGGCAUGGAUGAAGUCUAAGGAGCAAGAAAUCAGAAAUAUUACUUGGAUUGCGGAGUGCAUUGCUCAGAGCCAAAGAGAAAAGAUCAACAAUUACAUUUCAGUAUACUAA